AUGUUGACUAUGGGAGAAGAAAAUGUGAUGACCACAGACCACAGAUUUGCUUCGCCGCCUCCCACUUCCUCUUCUCCGACAACAAUCCAAAACCCUAAUUUUAAUUUCGUCCCUUACAACUCAUUUUCCUCCAUUAUACCGAAGGAGGAGCAUGGGAUGAUGAGUAUGAGCAUGCUGAUGAUGAUGGGAGAUGGAGGAGUAGAGGAAAUGAUGGAAAACGGGUCGGCCGGUGGGUCAUUCGGGUCGGGUAGUGAACAAGCAGAAGAUCCAAAGUCUGGAAACGAGUUUGAUGUUAAUGAACUUCAAGACGGGGAACAACCUCCUCCUGCCAAGAAAAAACGUUACCACAGGCAUACUAAUCGUCAGAUCCAAGAAAUGGAAGGAUUGUUUAAACAAAACCCUCAUCCAGACGACAAACAAAGGCAGAGAUUAAGUCAUGAACUUGGACUCAAGCCUCGACAAGUCAAGUUUUGGUUCCAAAAUAGGCGUACCCAAAUGAAGGCACAACAAGACAGAGCUGAGAAUGUGAUGUUAAGGACAGACAACGAUAAUCUCAAGGCGGAGAAUUCUCAUCUUCAGGCGGAGCUACGGUGCCUCUCCUGUCCUUCUUGUGGCGGCCCCACCGUACUCGGAGACAUUCCUUUCAACGAACUCCACAUUGAGAACUGUCGCCUCCGGGAAGAGCUUGAACGUCUAUGCGCCAUAGCUUCAAGAUACACUGGCCGUGAGAUGCAGUCAUCUCAGCCGUUGAUCAAUCCUCCUCAGGAGCUUCAAAAUCAUCAACCUUCACUAGAGCUAGAUAUGAGCGUAUACGCAGGAAACUUUCAAGAACAUCCUUGCUCAGACAUGAUGUUGCUUCCUCCACAAGACACUGCUUGUUACCUCCCAGUUCAAAUUAAUAACAGCAACGGGUACAAAAUGUUACUUGCGGAUGAAGAAAAGGUUAUCGCUAUGGAAAUUGCCGUCUCUUGUGUGCAAGAACUUACUAAAAUGUGCAACACAGAAGAGCCUUUGUGGAUUAAGAAGAAAUCCGACAAGAUGGGUGGAGAUAUUUUGUGUCUGAACGAGGAAGAGUACAGGAAGUUGUUCCCAUGGCCAAUGGAGAAUCAUAACACCAAAGGAGAGUUCCGUAGAGAAGCUUCAAAGGCAAACGCAGUUGUUAUCAUGAAUAGCAUCACGCUUGUUGACGCUUUUCUAAACGCUGAUAAGUGGUCAGAGAUGUUCUGCUCAAUUGUGGCUAGGGCCAAAACGGUUCAGAUCAUUUCAUCUGGAGUUUCUGGACCUACUGGUUCUCUUCUACUGAUGUAUGCAGAGUUACAUGUACUAUCUCCACUGGUUCCAACUCGAGAAGCUUAUUUCCUACGUUAUGUGGAACAAAAUGCGGAAAAUGGGAACUGGGCUAUAGUAGAUUUCCCAAUCGAUAGAUUCCACGACCAGAUCCAGCCAUUGAGUGCAAACACUCUUCAUGAGUAUAAGAGAAAACCUUCAGGGUGCAUCAUUCAAGACAUGCCUAAUGGAUACUCACAAGUCAAGUGGGUAGAGCACGCGGAGGUAAACGAGAGGCACGUGCACGAGAUAUUCGCUGAGUAUGUGAAAAGCGGAAUGGCUUUUGGAGCUAGCCGUUGGGUCGACGUGUUGGAGAGACAAUGCGAGAGGGUCGCAAGUCUAAUGGCUAGAAACAUAACCGACCUUGGAGUGAUACCGUCUGCAGAAGGGAGAAGGAACAUGAUGAGGCUAUCACAGAGGAUGAUGAAAACAUUCUGUGUGAAUAUAAGCGCUUCAAACGGACAAUCAUGGACCGCUCUGUCUGAAACAACCAAGGACACUGUGAGAAUCACGACAAGGAAAGUGUGUGAGCCUGGUCAGCCUACAGGAGUUGUUCUUGCUGCUGUCUCAACCACUUGGCUUCCAUUCUCCCACGUUAAAGUCUUUGAUCUUCUCCGUCAUCAACAUCACCAUUCUCUGUUGGAGGUUUUGUUCAGUGGAAGUUCACCUUAUGAAGUUGCUCAUAUCGCCAACGGUUCACAUCCUGGAAACUGCAUCUCUCUUCUUCGUAUCAAUGUCUCGAGCAACACAUGGCAUAACGUGGAGCUUAUGCUUCAAGAGAGCUGCAUUGAUAACUCCGGCAGCUUAAUCGUCUACUCCUCCGUCGACGUCGAAUCAAUCCAGCACGCGAUGAACGGAGAAGAUAAUUCCCGUAUUCCGCUUUUGCCCCUAGGGUUCUCCAUCGUCCCCGUGAACUAUCCUAAUCAAGUCGAGGGUGUUUCCGUCAAUUCCCUUCCUUCACCGUCGUGUCUUCUCACUGUCGGAAUUCAGGUUUUAGCUAGCAAUGUCCUAACCGCGAAACCAAACCUCUCCGCCGUCACAACCAUCAACAACCACCUUUGCUCCAUCGUUAAUCAGAUCACUUUCGCCCUUAAUAGCAGCGCCGUCGCCGGAGAUGAUGAUGACGUCGCCAAACAAGAGGUCAUCAGCUAGUAACCCAAUCACCUCUAAACCUCCCUUUCUUUUUGAAUCUGAAACAAAAGGAGGGGAGGUUCAAAGGUAAUUCGGUUAUGUUUUGAGAGUAUUUUGGUAAAUAACGUUAAACCUUUUAAGAAUGUUCGGUUCAUGUUAAGGGUAAGACGGGAAAUUAAGGUUAUUUUUGUUUUUUAUGGAGGGUCAAAAUGGUAUUUAGAACUAGAAAAGAAUAGAGGAAAGUCAAGAGCGCACCAGGUAAUAGUGUUGACUUUUCAUUUUCUGUGUACCUACCUGUUCAUCGGUUCAACCAAUCUCCGAUUUAACAGAAAAGUGUGCUGGUUCGGGUAUUGACUUUCUACUUUGUUACACUCCUUGGACUAUUUUGGCUUAUUUGCAAUUUAAUAUGCUACCUUCUUAUUUUUUUU